AUAAUUUAUCAUUUUCAUUUCACUGAUCAUCUUGUCCCCGUUCGCCUGUGCUGUCAGCUGUUCUUCUCUGCUCGUCGCGUCUGUUUCUGGUGGUGCUUCUUUGUCGCCGCUGGUUCUUCUAGGGUUUACCUAUGGGGGAUAGUCAGUACUCAUUCUCUCUCACCACAUUUAGCCCUUCUGGGAAGCUUGUUCAGAUUGAACAUGCUCUCACAGCUGUUGGUUCUGGACAAACGUCUCUGGGAAUUAAGGCUGCAAAUGGUGUAGUUAUUGCAACAGAGAAGAAACUGCCGUCUAUAUUAGUUGAUGAAGCAUCAGUCCAGAAAAUUCAGUUAUUAACACCAAAUAUAGGGGUUGUAUAUAGUGGCAUGGGUCCUGAUUUUCGAGUCUUGGUUAGGAAAAGCAGGAAACAGGCGGAGCAGUAUCACCGAUUAUAUAAAGAACCAAUCCCUGUCACUCAGCUUGUAAGGGAAGUUGCUGCUGUUAUGCAGGAAUUUACUCAGUCAGGUGGUGUUAGGCCAUUUGGAGUGUCCCUACUAGUUGCUGGAUUUGAUGAUAACGGGCCACAAUUGUAUCAGGUGGAUCCAUCAGGUUCUUACUUUUCUUGGAAAGCUUCUGCUAUGGGCAAAAAUGUUUCUAAUGCAAAGACUUUUCUUGAGAAGAGGUAUACUGAUGACAUGGAACUUGAUGAUGCGGUCCACACGGCAAUAUUGACACUGAAGGAAGGGUUUGAGGGACAGAUCUCGGGAAAGAACAUUGAAAUUGGCAUAAUUGGAUCUGACAAAAAGUUCAGGGUAUUGACCCCCGCCGAAAUUGAUGAUUACUUGGGUGAAGUAGAAUAAUCUUGAGAAAUGAAGCAAUCUUUCUUGUAAGAGUGUUUGUUUGAAGGUUUAUUUAGUUGAAUGUUAAGGUGGAUAGAGCUGUGAAACGAGGAUUUGUUAUUAAAAAGAAAUUUAGUAUUAAAAAAAUAGUAGUAGCUUUGAGAUUUUUUAUUUAAGUAUAUAAUUUCUUAAUUUGAAUUAAAAUAAAGACUAAACUUUUAAUUUUUUUUUUAAA